AUGGCUUGUGUAUACACGGCAUUGGGUACAAAUUUAGGUGACAAACUUGUCAAUCUAGAGAAUGCCUUGACCAUGUUAUCACAAUUAGUAGGACCAGUACAAGUCACCUCUCGUCUUUAUACUACGAGAGCUCAAUAUGUGGAAGAUCAGCCUGUUUUUUUAAACCUCGUAGCUAGACUCAAGACUGAAUUAAAGCCUAUUGAGCUACUGGAAGCUUUGAAAACAAUUGAAAGGGAGAUUGGGCGUACACGUUCAUUAAGAUAUGGACCAAGAUUAAUUGAUGUAGAUAUUUUAUUCUUUGAUGAUCUGACGCUGAAGACGAAUACAAAGGAAGGACCUCUUAUUAUACCUCAUGAACGUAUUAGCGAGAGAGAUUUUGUGCUUGCUCCAAUGUGUGAUGUAGCUCCAGAUUUGCUUCAUCCAGUAUUGAAACAGUCAAUGCAGUGUUUGUAUGAUGCAUUGAAAAACGGCACACAACGUUGUAUUGUACCAGUGCCAAUGCUACCAGUUGAUAAGAAUGCACCUUGGUCAUUGGGGAGCAAGACGUUGAUCAUGGGAAUUGUAAACGUUACACCUGACAGCUUUAGUGAUGGUGCUGAGUUGGAAACGACAGGUGCUGCAGUGGAAAAGGCGUUGGAGAUGGAGCGCGCUGGUGUAGACAUAAUCGACAUUGGAGGUGAAUCGAGUCGACCUGGAGCAGAACCUGUGACGGAAGAAGAAGAAUUAAGGCGUGUGUUGCCAGUGAUUUGUGGCAUCCGUGAGAAGAGCAAGAUUGCCAUUUCGGUUGAUACCACAAAGGCGGAAGUUGCACGCCAAGCGGUUGGUGCAGGCGCAAACAUGGUAAAUGACAUCUCAGCAGGUCUGAACGACGAUGCAAUGCUUGCUACUGUGGCCAUGCUACGUGUCCCCAUUGUGCUCAUGCACAUGCGAGGCACACCACAAACUAUGACUAGUCUCAAGGAGUACGAGAAUGUAGUUGCUGAAGUUGCUGAAGUACUUCAUGAACGUGUAAUAGCUGCGGAGGCUGCCGGUAUAUUCCGAUGGAAUAUUAUCGUGGACCCAGGAAUAGGUUUUGCCAAAGCUCGGUGUCUGAAUUUGAAGCUGCUGCGAAAACUCUCAGUCGUCAAGAAGCUAUGCCAAGGAUUGCCACUUUUGGUGGGACCAUCUCGCAAAGGUUUUAUUGGUGAGAUCUGUGGACGUUCAGAACCAAAAGACCGCUUGUGGGGUACUGCUGCUACAUGCUGCGCUGCCAUUGAGCAAGGAGCUGACAUUCUGCGUGUUCAUGACGGUGCCGAAAUGGUGGAUGUGGCUAAAAUGUCAGAUGCCAUUUGGCGUGAGGAGUAA